AUGAGCGCGUCGUCUCACAACUUAUCUCAAAUGUUUCGACGUCGAACGAACUCCCAAAAGCCCGCAGACGGACUCUACGCCAGCUUCAGACAGUUCUUUCCUGAAGUAAGUACUAUUACAUCGUCUGCCGCCGCAAGUUCUGGACAAACACCACUCGGCGAUGGCCUCACCGACUCCACAUCAGAUCAACCAAGAAACCGAAGUCAACGUCUCAAUGAUCCAGACAUAACGCCUCGAGCGUCUCACGAACCCUGGAGAUAUACCCCACCGUUACUCAACUCGAACUCCUUCCUCUUUGCUCCGUUUACAGGCCAACUUCCUGGAUGCUUUGAACCUAUUGCAGAAGGGACUAGUACGCUCCAUUAUAAUGAAGAUGCUGAUCUACCUAUACCUGGAGUAGAAAUGGGGAUGGGUCUAGGAAUGCCACUGGUGCUCCCUACCUCGGAAGACGGAGUACACAUUGGAUGGAUGACGGAUAGACAUUGCUUCCCUCCGCAGACAGCGCAACCACAUGAGUUCUAUAAUUUCAACCUUUUCGACCCUCAUCAGACUUUCGCACCAUACUAUCUCUCAGAUCAGCCGCCAGACGUCGAGCCUCUAGGUACUUCAGGAGAAACGUCUCCGAUAGGCGACGAUCCUGUACAGACCGAGAUACACUCCGACUCUCCAAGCAUGAACAUUUCGUCUCGACCGUACGAUACGAGCAUGUCCCCACCUCUUCCGGCAUCUACAAAUAAAUUUCGAUUUCACGUUACGUUAAAUGCAGCAACUGCUAUAAUUAACCAAGCCGAUGAAAUUCCUAUGACAUACUUGAACAAAGGCCAUGUUUACUCGGUUUCAAUUGUUGAUACAGCUCCUCCAAUGCCAGGGCCAAUACCUGUUCAGUACCGCACGGCUAUUCGUAUCUCUUUCGAGGAUGGGCAGCAGGGGCACACAGCUGCGACGCAUUGGAAACUCUGGAAGGACGCUCGUGGAACUAAAGACGUUCACCAACGCGGCGGAAAGUUGCAAGGCGUCGAGUACGUCGAAGAACCACAGGUCACCGAGGACCAUAGCAUAAGGACCAGAGCCAAUCUCGAGACUGCUUCUCUCGAUGGAUUCUCAGUCCUCUGGACGCAAGGAUCGGGCGGCUCAGUGGACUGCCAUGUCGCUAUGCGAUUCAACUUCUUAUCGACAGACUUUAGCCACUCCAAAGGCGUCAAAGGCAUUCCAAGCCGACUUUAUGCAAAGACAGAAGUCAUCUCAACUAAUUCGCUGCAUUAUUCUCCAGAAGUUCCCGAGACUUGCUUCUACAAAGUAAAGGUCUUCAGAGACUAUGGCUCACAAAGAAAACUCUGGAACAAUAUCACCUGUGUCAAAAAGACCAUCGACAAGCUCAAGCAGCAAAUUGCUCAAGUUGAGACUAGAUCCGGGAAGAGAAAACGAGAUAGGCCGAUUGAUACGAAAGUCACGCGGAGCAGACUGGGCAACGUUCUGAAGCGCAAGAGGACUUGGUCGAUAUCAUCUGCAAGCCCCACCGAGGAAGAUCUCUCCCUCAAGCUGCAGACGAUACAGGACAUGUUCGCCAGCACACGGCCUGUCAGCGUCUUAUACGUCCGUGGACAGGAGCAGGAUGAUCCUAAUCUGCAUCCUAUCAAACUUACAGGCGAACCUCCAGACCUCGUAAAAGUCAAGCAAGAAGAGAGCACGGCCUAG